AUGGCGGGAAAAGGAUGGAGGUCAAAGAAAAUUCUGACUCUUUUACCUCCUUUAGAGUCAGAUGAUUCAGAUUUGGAGUCUGACGAUGACGCAGAAAGGAUAAUAGGAGCGCGUGAGUUUUUCUCUCAUAACUAUAGUGGAUCCUCACCAGUGUCUUCACCGCCAAGAUCAGUUUCUGCUGGUCUUUAUGAUCUACUGCAAGAUUUGAGCGACUCUGAUGACCUUGAUCCAGAACCACUUGCACCAGGAGUAAGGACGCGACAGCCACUAACGUCAGAAUCGUCGCCAAUCGUUGCUACUACCCGCCGUUCUCAUCUACCACCCUGCUACGUGCCGGAAUCGUUAUACUCGACUCCUAUUGGAACGCCACUGGCACCAGGAGUAACGACGCGUAGUAACAGACAAACAGCAAAUGUUGAAUCGUCACCAGUGCCAAUUCGUCCACCUGUUUCUAGAAAGCGUAAAAUGAGUCAACUAGAGUUUUCAUUCAAGAAAACGAAAUAUACUGGUGCCGUCGAUGUGGAUUCAGGCACUAGCUUUCUUGAGCAGCAUGAAGUGAUACGUCCGGUGGCAUAUUUAAAAAAAUUGUUUACCGACGAUUUACUAACUUUCAUUGUGGAAAUGACUAACCUGUAUUCCGUACAGAAUACCGGUAAAUCUAUAUGCGUGUCAAAAAAGGAAGUAGAGACGCUACUUGGUAUUGAGAUUAUCAUGGGUAUCGUGAAAAUGCCAUCUAUCGAUGACUACUGGAGCAAUGAACUUAGAUUUAAGCCCAUUGCAACUGCUAUGUCCCUAAAACGAUACAAAUGUAUCAAGCGCUAUCUUCAUUUUUGCGAUAACACAAAUGUCAACCACAGUGAUAGCUACCACAAAGUGUCUCCUGUGAUAGAGCAUGUACGUAAGCAAUGUCUCAAAAUAGAGGAGGAAAGAGCAUUUGCUAUAGAUGAGAUGAUCAUACCCUAUAAAGGUAAAAAAGCAGGUCACAGGAAACAGUAUAAUCCCAAAAAACCACACAAAUGGGGAUUUAAAUUUCUGGUUCGAGCUGGGUCCUCGGGGAUGGUCUACGAUUUUUUCCCUUACGAUGGUUCAAACACAUUUCAGGAUACACAGUUCACAGAAUGGGAAGAAAAUUACCUUGGUGUUGGAGGUAAGACAGUCAUUAGAUUGUGCAAGACAAUAUCUAAUCCCACUCUGUGUACAGUAUACUUUGACAAUUGGUUUACGUCACUGGAAUUACUUUACCACUUGCGGAAUGAAUGGGGUGUAUUAUCCUUGGGCACAAUAAGAAAAGACCGAUUGCGUAACUGUUGUUUAAGUAGUGACAAGGUAAUGAAGAAGAAGGGACGAGGAACUUACGAAGUAAUGUGUGACAAUGACAAGAAAAUAGCAGUAACUAAAUUGGUAGACAAUCAAUUAAUUCAUAUUGCCAGCUCAUUCUGUGCAGAAGAUCCGGUUACUACAAUAGAAAGAUACGAUAAAAGAGAGAAGAAAAGAAUUUCUGUGCCUUGUCCAAAAGUCAUCAAAGUCUACAAUGCUCAUAUGGGUGGAGUGGAUAUUGCGGACAUGUUGACUGCAUUAUACCGCAUUCACAUGAAGACUAGGCGUUGGCACGGCAAGACCAUUGUUGUAUGCUCUAAAUGCAACCAAAGACUCUGCUGUACAUCAAAGAAAAAUUGUUUUCGUAUAUUCCACAAGAAGUAA